CAAUGUCUGUCUACGUUAACGAAAAGACUGGUGCCGAUGUGGCUGAAACCGCCGGUACUGAACAACAACCGUUCCAAACUGCAGCUUUUGCUCUUUUUGUGAAACCAGAAGCUAAACUUUUUACUUACAAGCAAUUGGAAGAAUCUGAAGAAUUUGGAUAUGUUGAAAUCUCCAGUUCUGCCUUGAAGAAGGCCAAGAAGGGUGCUGAAGGUAUCAAGAAGAAGCAAGAAAAGGCUGCCAAGAUGGAAGAGGAACAAAAGAAGAAGCAAGAAGAAGCCAGCAAGAAGUUGGCAGAAUUGGAUCUUAUUACUAUUGAAGAAGAUAAGUCUCUCCCAGAAGCUAAGAAGAUUAAGUUGAGAAAAGUACAAGAAAACAUUGGAACUAGAGUGUUAGUUCAAGGUUGGGUUCAUCGUUUAAGAUUACAAAAGGGUCUUGCCUUUGUUACCUUGAGAGAUGGUACUGGAUUCAUUCAAUGUAUUCUUACUGGAGAUUUGGCCAAAUGUAGAGCUACCAAUGAAUUAACUUUGGAAUCUACUGUUGCCAUUAGAGGUGUCAUUAACAAGUUACCAGAUGGAAAGUCUGCACCAGGUGGUGUUGAAUUGAAGGUUGACUACUAUGAAGUUAUUGGUUUGGCUCCAUCUGGUGAUGAAGCCUUCACUAACAAGGUUCAAGAAAACGCUGAUCCAUCUUUAUUAUUGGACCAACGUCAUUUGACUUUGAGAGGUGAAACUCUUUCAGCUGUGAUUAAGGUCAGAGCUGUUUUAUUAAACGCUAUAAGGAAGGCUUAUGCCGAGGAAGAACUUGUCGAAGUUACUCCUCCAUGUAUGGUUCAAACUCAAGUUGAAGGUGGUUCCACUUUGUUUAAGAUGGAUUACUAUGGUGAAGAAGCUUACUUGACCCAAUCUUCUCAAUUAUAUUUGGAAACUUGUUUACCUGCCUUGGGUGAUGUUUUCUGUGUUCAAGAAUCUUUCCGUGCUGAAAAAUCCCACACUAGAAGACAUUUAUCUGAAUACACUCAUGUUGAAGCUGAAUUAGGUUUCAUUGACUUUGACGACUUGUUAUCUCAUAUUGAAAGAAUUAUCACCAAGACUGUUAAGUAUGUUGUUGAAGACCCAGUUGCUGGUCCAUUGCUUAAGCAAUUGAACCCUAACUUUGUUGCUCCAUCCUUGCCAUUCAAGAGAAUGGAAUACAUUCAUGCUUUGGACUGGUUGAACGAACACGGUAUUACCAACGAAGAAGGUGAAAAGUUCAAGUUUGGUGAUGAUAUUGCUGAAGCUGCUGAACGUAAGAUGACUGAUAUCAUUGGUCUUCCAAUUUUGUUGAUCCGUUUCCCAGUUGCCAUCAAGUCCUUCUACAUGAAGAAGUGUGCUGAUGACGAAAGAGUUACAGAAUCUGUUGAUGUUUUGAUGCCAAACGUUGGUGAAAUUACUGGUGGUUCUAUGAGAAUUGAUGACUUGGAUGAAUUAUUGGCCGCUUUCAAGAGAGAAGGUCUUGAUGAAAAGGCUUACUACUGGUUCAUUGAUCAAAGAAAGUAUGGUACUUGUGCCCACGGUGGUUACGGUUUAGGUACUGAAAGAAUCUUGGCUUGGUUAUGUGACAGAUUCACUGUUAGAGACUGUUCCUUGUUCCCAAGAUUUACUGGAAGAUGUAAGCCAUAGUUAGCGAAUGUAAGUUAAUAAUAGAAAUCAUUUAAAAAC